AUGGUCAAGUUCGGACACCAACUACAGGCUGGCUCCUUCAUCUUCAUGCCUGGAUUCUGCAUAGUGAACUCUGCACCCAGGUCUGCAUCUUCUUCCUUCAAGUCUUUGGACUGCAGAAGCUUCAGGCUUUUAGCUGCUCCAGCAAACUACCAGUUCUGUAGUAGUCCACACGACAUGUUUUCUCAGUUCUCUCCCACGCUCAGGAUGAGCAUUGCUGCUCUCACGUUCAUUGUUCUUCUGUUCAUCACCGGGGGCGGGGAUUCUGCUGUCCAUGAGCAGGUUGCUGCUCCUCCAUCCGGCUCCGGCAAGCCUUCCUUCAAGGGUGGGUUUUCUCUCCCCAUCAUCCACCGGAAUGACCCGAGGAGUCCAAUUCGGGAUCCCACUGUUACCACUCUCGACCUGUUCAAGGAGGAGAUUCAACUGGCCUUGUCACCUAUGCCCGCUGAUGAUGCCUUGGCCAGCGAUGCUUGCCCCAGUCCGUUUCCGCCGUGGUCUCUAUCUUGUGCCGCUCCGCAUCGGUGGUUCUCUCGACCACAUCUCUUCGAGUGCUCUCCUUGUUAUGCCUGUGCACGUGGCCAUUACCCACUUUAUAAUCCGUCCAAGUCUAGCACAUUUCGUAGUGUCUUCUGUGAUGAUCCACUCUCAGGACGUGAGGAUGGUGAUCAAGCACUGAGCUACCUAAGGUUUGGGUCUCAAGCCCAGCUCUUAGGGAAGAGGAUCCCAUUUUGGAAGUUCGAAGAUGGGUACAAAGUCUAUCUCAAUAGGGUCACAUAUCAGCAUGGAAAUCGCUUAACUCAGCAGCAACCUGUUCCUAUAUUUCCUGGAGACGAAGCAAAUGCAAAGAGCAAAGCGAAAAUGGUGGUGGCCUCGGGAACCAUGGGGCUUUGGCUUCCUGACUAUAUAUUUUACCCUCUGCUGAAGAAAAUCGAGGUUGAUAUUUCUCUGACCAGGGUGCUCUUCGACGACAAUCCUAAUGCCUACUGCUACAUAGGGGAUAUGGCGGAUGCUGAACAAGUGUCGGUGACACUGGGAUUCGUUGGAGGGGCAGAGAUGCUGCUGUCCGGUGAUUCACUUUUCUUUGAAUACAAUGGGAACUUGAUUUGCUUGGGGGCUACUCGACAGUUCUAG